AGGCAGCCGCUUCUGGCUCCUGAGCUCAGCUGAUCGGCCCUUGCCUGACUAGGAGGUGAGGCCAACCCCCUUCACCGCUACGGAGUGCAAGUUGACACAUUCACACGCUAAUUUCCCCCCGGACGAUUUCAAAUAGUUGGAGAAGAAAUUCGAGUUCCUAGUGUGAAUUAAAGACUUCAGUAAUGGAGUUAGCCCACAGUUUAUUGCUAAAUGAAGAAGCUUUGGCUCAAAUCACCGAAGCAAAGAGACCAGUGUUUAUCUUUGAAUGGUUGCGAUUUCUUGAUAAAGUUUUGGUUGCUGCCAACAAGACUGAUGUAAAGGAAAAACAGAAAAAACUGGUUGAACAGUUAACUGGAUUAAUAAGUAGUUCACCUGGACCACCUACACGAAAAUUAUUAGCUAAAAAUCUUGCAGCCUUGUAUAGCAUUGGAGAUACUUUUACAGUUUUUCAAACACUUGAUAAAUGUAAUGAUAUUAUAAGAAAUAAAGAUGAUACUGCAGCCUACUUACCAACAAAACUGGCUGCAGUGGCUUGUGUUGGAGCAUUUUACGAAAAAAUGGGAAGAAUGUUAGGCAGUGCGUUUCCAGAAACAGUAAAUAAUCUUUUGAAAUCUCUGAAAAAUGCAGAGUCUCAAGGGCGAAGUGAAAUCUUAAUGAGUCUACAGAAAGUUCUAAAUGGAUUGGGUGGUGCAGCGGCUUCCUCUCAUCGUGAUAUUUACAAGAAUGCGAGAUCCCUCUUAACUGACAGAUCCAUGGCUGUUCGGUGUGCAGUGGCCAAGUGCCUACUGGAACUCCAAAAUGAAGCUGUGUUCAUGUGGACUACUGAACUGGAAAAUAUUGCUACUCUCUGCUUUAAGGCUUUGGAAAACUCUAAUUAUGGGGUACGAGUGUCAGUGGCUAAACUCUUAGGCACAGUCAUGGCCACAGCACUAAUGCCAAAACAGGCAACAGUAAUGCGUCAAAAUGUGAAACGAGCAACAUUUGAUGAAGUUUUAGAACUGAUGGCCACAGGAUUUCUACGUGGAGGGUCAGGUUUCUUAAAGAGUGGUGGAGAAAUGUUAAAAGUUGGAGGGUCUGUAAAUCGUGAAGUGAGAGUUGGAGUUACUCAGGCUUAUGUUGUUUUUGUAACAACUCUGGGUGGUCAGUGGCUGGAGCGUAGCUUUGCUACGUUCUUGUCCCACGUACUUGAUCUGGUUUCCCACCCUCGAGCAACCCAAACACAUGUGGAGGCUGUGUACUCAAGGCGAUGUGUCUCCUUUAUCCUAAGAGCUACUGUUGGGAGUUUGCUAGGUGAAAAAGCUCAGAUAGCAGCUGCUAAAGAGAUCUGUCAAGCUAUUGGAAAACAAAUGAAAGCAGUAGAAGCAGUAAUGAAUGAUACAAGUAGCGAGAACAAAUCAGGUGCAGCAGACAUUGCAGCAAGCCAGCAUGUCAUGGUCUGUGCCCUCCAGGAGCUUGGGAGCCUGGUACAGAGCCUGAAUGCCACUGCCUCUCCACUUAUUCAGGAAGUGUCUAUAGGACUUUUGGAGAUUGUGACUUCAGUGCUUCUUCAUCCAAGCAUGGCUGCUCGGCUUGCCGCUGCGUGGUGUUUGCGCUGUGUGGCUGUGGCGUUACCUUUCCAGUUGACACCAUUUUUAGAUAGGUGUGCGGAACGGCUGAACAACCUGAAGACAUCACCAGAAGCUGUCAGUGGAUAUAGUUUUGCAAUGGCUGCUUUGUUAGGUGGAGUUCAUCAGUGUCCUUUGGGCAUUCCUCACGCCAAAGGAAAGAUGGUAGUUAGUAUUGCUGAAGAUUUGUUACGAACUGCUGCCCAAAAUAGCAGGCUAUCUUUACAACGCACCCAAGCUGGAUGGCUUUUACUUGGCGCACUUAUGACUUUAGGACCAUCUGUUGUUCGUUAUCAUCUGCCCAAGAUGUUGUUAUUAUGGCGAAAUGUUUUCCCUCGUUCUUUAAAGGAAUUAGAGGCUGAGAAGGCUCGAGGGGAUUCUUUUACCUGGCAGGUAACUUUGGAAGGUCGUGCUGGAGCUUUAUGUGCUAUGAGAAGUUUUGUUGCCCAUUGUCCGGAGCUCCUAACUGAAGAUGUGAUUAGAAAAUUAAUGACUCCUAUUGAAUGUGCUAUGACCAUGAUGUCACACAUUCCAUCUGUAAUUAAAGCCCACGGAGCUCAUCUGAAAGCUAGUGCUGCAAUGGUCCGCUUAAGACUUUAUGAUAUCUUGGCAUUGUUACCUCCAAAAACUUAUGAAGGAUCUUUCAAUGCACUUCUUAGAGAACUGGUAGCAGAGUUCACUUUGACCGACAACUCAGCCAACACAACUACCUCCCUUCUCCGGUCCCUCUGUCAUUAUGAUGAUAGCGUUCUUCUUGGUUCCUGGCUUCAAGAAACUGAUCAUAAAUCAAUUGAAGACCAGCUCCAGCCAAACAGUGCAUCUGGAAGUGGGGCUCUGGAGCAUGACCCUUCCUCCAUUUACCUACGAAUACCCGCUGGAGAAGCUGUACCUGGUCCUCUCCCUCUUGGAGUCUCAGUCAUUGAUGCUUCUGUGGCUCUUUUUGGUGUAGUGUUUCCUCAUGUUUCUUACAAACACCGAUUGCAAAUGUUGGAUCACUUUGCUGAGUGUGUUAAACAAGCCAAAGGUGUCCGCCAGCAGGCUGUGCAGCUUAAUAUAUUUACUGCUGUUCUAAGUGCUCUAAAGGGAUUAGCUGAAAACAAAAGUACUUUAGGACCGGAAGAAGUUCGGAAAUCGGCUCUGACCCUAGUUAUGGGAGCUCUUGACAACCCAAACCCAAUCCUUCGAUGUGCAGCAGGGGAAGCUCUUGGAAGAAUGGCUCAAGUGGUGGGAGAAGCAACUUUUAUUGCUAGAAUGGCCCAGUACAGCUUUGACAAGUUGAAAUCAGCUCGAGAUGUUGUAUCUAGGACUGGUCAUUCAUUGGCCCUUGGUUGUUUGCAUCGUUAUGUUGGUGGUAUAGGCUCAGGACAACAUCUGAAGACCAGUGUCAGCAUCUUAUUAGCUCUUGCACAAGAUGGAACAUCCCCUGAAGUUCAGACCUGGUCUCUUCAUUCUCUUGCUUUGAUAGUGGAUUCUAGUGGGCCAAUGUAUCGUGGAUAUGUAGAACCAACAUUAUCUUUAGUUCUUACCUUGCUGUUGACAGUUCCACCUUCACAUACAGAAGUUCAUCAGUGUUUGGGUAGAUGCUUGGGAGCUAUAAUAACUACUGUUGGCCCUGAACUGCAAGGGAAUGGAGCAACAAUUUCUACAAUCCGUUCGUCUUGUUUGGUGGGUUGUGCUAUCACCCAGGACCAUUCAGAUUCUCUUGUUCAGGCAGCUGCUAUAUCUUGCCUUCAACAACUUCACAUGUUUGCACCUCGACAUGUCAAUCUCUCUAGUCUUGUUCCUAGCCUUUGUGUUCAUUUAUGUAGCUCCCACUUGUUACUUCGACAAGCCGCAGUAGCAUGUCUCCGACAGCUUGCACAACGAGAAGCAGCUGAAGUAUGUGAAUAUGCCAUGAGCCUGGCAAAAAAUGCAGGGGACAAAGAGAGCAGUGGUGGCAAUGUCAGUCCUUUUGCACCUGGGGUCAGCUCUCGAAGUGAUAUUCAUUGCCGGCAUCAAGGUGUUAACAUAACAGAAACUGGUCUUGAGGGACUUCUUUUUGGAAUGCUAGAUCGUGAGACAGAUAGAAAAUUAUGUUCUGAUAUUCAUGACACAUUGGGCCAUAUGCUCUCAUCACUGGCAGUAGAAAAACUUUCUCAUUGGCUAAUGCUUUGUAAGGAUGUCCUGGCAGCAUCUAGCGAUAUGAGUACUGCGACUCCUUUAAGUAGUGGAAAAGAUGAAGAAUCUGAAAAGAAAGAUGAAAUGGAUGAUGACACCAUGUUUACCACACUAGGCGAGGAAGAUAAGUCCAAGCCUUUUGUGGCGCCUCGCUGGGCCACUCGAGUGUUUGCUGCUGACUGCCUGUGCCGAAUCAUCAAUUUGUGUGAGAAUGCAGACCAGGCUCACUUUGAUCUGGCCAUGGCACGUUCUGCUAAACUACGAAACCCUAAAAAUGACCUCUUAGUACUUCAUCUCUCUGACCUGAUUCGUAUGGCAUUCAUGGCUGCAACUGAUCAUAGCAACCAGCUGCGGAUGGCUGGGCUCCAGGCUCUCGAAGACAUUAUCAAGAAAUUUGCCUCUGUGCCUGAGCCAGAAUUUCCAGGUCAUGUGAUUCUGGAGCAGUAUCAAGCUAACGUGGGAGCUGCUCUAAGACCAGCUUUCUCACAAGAUACACCAUCAGAUAUAAUAGCAAAAGCUUGCCAGGUGUGCAGUACGUGGAUUGGAAGUGGAGUUGUCAGUGACCUCAAUGAUCUCCGCCGAGUACACAAUUUGCUUGUUUCUUCUCUGGACAAAGUUCAAGCUGGAAAAGGAUCUUCCAGUCAACUGUACCGAGAGAGCGCCACAACCAUGGAGAAACUGGCUGUUCUCAAAGCAUGGGCAGAGGUAUAUGUGGUUGCUAUGAAUAUUAAAAAGGAAGCUGAGUCAAAACCAAAAAGAGCAACUAAAAAUACUGAUGAUGAUGAUGACGACUAUGGUACCAUAGAUGAGCUACCGCCAGAUAGUCUAAUAACACUGGUACAACCUGAACUCCCAACACUUAGUCGCCUGUGGUUGGCAGCAUUGAAAGACUAUGCACUGUUGACUUUACCAGCUGAAUUUUCUAGUCAGCUCCCUCCAGAUGGUGGAGCAUUUUAUACACCGGAGACUAUUGAUACAGCCAGACUUCACUAUCGGAAUUCCUGGGCUCCAAUUCUCCAUGCAGUGGCACUUUGGUUAAAUAGCACAGGAUUUACAUGUUCAGAGUCCACAGAAGCAUCAGCAGUGUCGGGUUCACAAAAACGUUCUGCAGCUGUCAGUUUAAACCAACCAUCAGGAGCAACAGCCAAUGCUAAAUCUUUGCCAGAAAUUAAUAAAGACAGAAUGCACCUGAUUUUAGGUGUGAGUAUACAGUUUCUUUGUUCCCCUAGACCCGAGGAGCCUAUUGAACAUGUUACUGCAUGCCUCCAGGCUCUACAUACUUUGCUGGAUUCUCCUUAUGCACGAAUCCAUAUUGCAGAAGAUCAGCUGAUUGGUGUGGAGUUACUGAGUGUCUUGCACCGCCUCCUGUUGACCUGGAACCCAUCAUCUAUCCAGCUAUUGGUUACUGGAGUUGUCCAACAGAUAGUAAGAGCUGCUCAGGACUACCUGCAAGAAAAGAGAAGCACUCUAAAUGAAGAUGAUAUGGAGAAAGAGUCUUGUGCGGUAUUAGGAGAAGGCGGUGAUAGUGGCGGCCUCAUUCCUGGAAAAUCUCUUGUGUUUGCAACUAUGGAGCUACUGAUGUUCAUUUUAGUGCGCCAUAUGCCACAUUUGAGUACCAAGAUGUCAGACUCACCAAGUCACCUAGCCAAUAAAACUCAGCUGUCAGAAGAAAGUGCUCGUUUGGUGGCAGCCACAGUCACCAUUCUCUCUGAUUUACCAUCCCUUUGUUCACCUGCUGGAUGUAUGACAAUCCUACCCACAAUUUUGUUCUUAAUUGCAAGAAUAUUGAAAGAUACAGCAAUAAAGUCUGUAGAUAAUCAAGUUCCUCUGCCUGUUAGUGCAGCUCUUCAAGGGAUUAAAAGUAUUGUGACACUUUCUAUGACCAAAACGGAGGAAACUCAAAAACAGUGGACAGCUCUAAUUCGAAGCACUCUUGCAUGCAUCCUGGAAUAUUCUCAACCUGAGGAUUCUGUGCCUGUGCCUGAUGAAGUAAGCAUGCUGACGGCAAUUGCUCUCUUCCUGUGGUCUGCUAGUAGUGAAAUAAUAGGAGUCCAGUCAUUACAGAGUGGCUGCAUGAGCAGAUUUAAAAAUGCAUUAAAUUCAUGUGACCCAUGGGUUCAAGCCAAGUGUUACCAGCUUCUCCUCUCAGUCUUCCAACAUUCCAAUCGUGCCCUUUCAACGCCCUAUAUCCACUCAUUAGCACCAAUAGUGGUUGAAAAGCUAAAAGCUGUUGAAAGAAACAGACCAGCCAGUAACACAGAACUUUUAGCUGUUCAAGAAGGAAUUAAAGUUCUUGAAACAUUGGUUGCUCUAGGUGAAGAACAAAACAGAGUCCAGUUACUUGCUCUUUUAGUUCCCACUUUGAUCUCUUACCUGCUGGAUGAAAAUUCUUUUGCCUCAGCAAGUUCAGCUUCCAAAGAUCUUCAUGAAUUUGCACUCCAAAAUUUAAUGCAUAUUGGACCUUUGUAUCCACAUGCUUUCAAAACAGUAAUGGGGGCUGCUCCUGAGUUGAAAGUACGCCUGGAAACUGCUGUUCGAGCAAGCCAAGCAAGCAAAGCUAAAGCGGCUGCCAGGCAGCCAGCCCCUACCAUACAUUCUACACCAACAAUUAAGCUAAAAACAAGCUUCUUUUAAGGUGUUUGUCUGUUCUUUUUUAGUUGUAUUUUAAUCUAAUUAGUGAUAGCCACUAACCAUUCCAAGCUAUAAAUUGUUUUAUUUGUAUAUUGAUAUUAUAUUGCUUUCAAGGAGGUUAAGUGAAACAAUGUUCACAUUACUUACUCAUUUCUAAGGAGUGAUGCUUUAAAAAUCAUGUGGUCAAUGUAUUUUCACUGUCCUCUCAAUAAUGUUUCUAUUUAAUUGACUUUCUGUUGUUGUUGUUGUUGUUGUUUUGGUUGCAAGAAUUGAACCUAGGGUCUUGUGCAUGCUAAGCAUGUGCUCUGACUACCAACCUCUCCCCCCGGGCCACAAUUUAUUUUUUAAACACUGAGCCAUAAUCUUUUUAAAUUUAAAUGCCAAACACAUAAUUGUGUCAUGUAGUAGGCAGCCUAUAGAUGUUAUCAGGGAAAAAAAUAGAUGAAAAUUCAAUAUUUGACAUAAAAAAUUGCAAUUAAAACCCAAGCAGGUUUUCAGUUUUUACAUAACCAAAAUAAUAACAAGUCUGUUUCAUGGUGUAUAUUUAUAUACUAUGAAUAAAAUAACAUUUUCUAAGCAUUUCCCUAAAUAUCCUUAUCUUUCUGAUGGGUUUUUUUAUUUUCAUAUUACUAAAUUUUGCGGGUAUAUAACUUAGUUAUUAACUGAAUUACAAUUUUCACUUAAAGAUUCAUUAAAGUCUUUCAAAUGUAGAAUAAUGUUCUACUUUUUACUAAUGGCUAAAAUUUGUCAUAAGUUUUGUUUGGUAAUUACAGAGCUUUGGGUUCUGCCUAUGCGGUAUUAAAUGUUUAUUGAAUACCUACUGUGUAUAGAAUCAAGCUAAGGGCAUACGAAAAUGAAGUCAUAAUUAUAGUUAUGCUAGUCUCUCAUGUAAUGAGAAUUUUACAUGCAAAAUAGAUAAUUGAUGAAAUGGAUGUUUGCUAUCGCAUUUAGCAAAUUUUAAACACCAAAUUUUACCAGGUAGUGUAACACUGAGUAUAUUAAAAGCAAGUUACUUUUCUGGCCAUCUAAAAUGUGAGGCUGCCUGUGGGGAUAUACGCCUCUGAUCCCAGCACUUGGGAGGUUGAGUCAGGAGAAUCUUGAGUUUGAGCCUAGCCUGGGCAAUAGCGAUUUAACAAGAUCAAUUUCAAAAUUUUAAAAAAUUAUAUAAAAAAGAGCUGGAGAUGUAGCUCAGGGUUAAGAUCCUGAGUUUAAUGUCCAGGACCAUGGAAGUAUAUAACCUGCUAUUUAUUCUCUUACACCCACAUCAAUUGAUAGCCUUUGUUCCUCAGUCCUUUAGAUACCUCAAAAAGGCACUUUCUCUCAUGUGUUUUAUUUUCUAUAAGGUAUUUUAUUUCUGACUUGGGUUUCAUAGUUCUCCCUUUUUAUUUGUUUUUAUUUUUGGUAAAAGUCUAUUAAGUUAAUUCACAUAUUCUACAAUUCACACAUUUAAAGUGUCCAUUUCAGUGGUUUUUAGUUUAUUCAGAAGGUACUAUAACCAUCAUCAUGGUCAAUUUUGAACAUUUUUAUUGUCGCACAUAGAAACCCCACAACUGUUAGCUGUCAUUCUCACAAGUCUCACGUUUUCUCCCUAGCUUUUCACUAUAGAACUUAUUAUUGUGGACAUUUCAUAUGCUACAUAGCCUCUUGUGCCUGGCUUCUUGACUUCUUGCUGUAUCAUAAAUCAGUACAACAUUGGUUUUUUUAUGGAUGGAUAAUACUGCGGUGCAUGCAUAGCACAUUAUUUAUCCAUUCACAAAUCCAUUGGGUUGUUUCUACCUUUUGACUGUUAGGAAUACUGAUACUCUGAACAAUUAUAUACAAGUUUUUGUGUGGACACAUUAGGGAGAGGGGACACCAGGAAUUGAACCUCACACUUGCUAGGCACAUGCUGUGCCACUGAGCUAACUCUUGGUCCCUGAACAUAUGUUUUAAAAUCUUUUCAGAGAAGAGAAUUAGGAAGUAAAAUUGUUGACUCAGAUAUUAAUCAUAUUUUUUGCACACAUGCAUGUAUGCAUAUAACUCCUUUCCAUUCAUCUAUUACUACAGUAUUUAUUUCUGCCUUGGCUAUUUUUUUUUUUACUUGUUACCUUCUAGGCUUUUCUAUCAUUUUUUAAAUAGGAUACACUAUGGCAUGUGAUGUUUCUGUUUCUUUUCUUCUCUCCCUUCCUGUUUUCUGUGGUCUGUCCUUUUUCUCCUCUUUCUUUCUGGUUUUUUUUUUUUUUUUUUUUUUUUGGUACUGGGAAUCUGAUAACUGUGUGCUGCUGAGCUAUAUCCCUGGCUUUUUUUCUCCCUCUUUCUGUUAGUACAUCUUUAUACUUUCUCUAAACUCUUUCUACUGACAAUUUACCUUCUACUUUUCUAUAGUUAUGCUAAAAAAAGAAAAUCUGUUUUAAUAUUUAUAAUCAAUUUUACUGCUUAUCAAGAAUUUUUUUAAAUCUGAAUACACGUGUUUGACUGUGAUCAUUCAGUGUCAUGAAUCUGAUAGGAAAACAUCAUUAUAGCUAGUAGAUAAUGAAGCAUAAUCUGAUUGGUUUUAGUUAUGUAAGAAAUAAAGUAUCUGCUCUUUGCUUUACAAAUUCUCAUAAAUCAAUAGUAUACAUUUGAAUUCUCAAUUUGACUAGAGAAUAAGUUCAGAAGUCAAGAGGUUCUACCAUCAGUGAGGGAUAAAUCUUUGGACUCUCAACACUGUGAGGCUUCACUGUUCUUGUUUUGUUUUGUUUUCUGAGACAGGGUCUCACUAUGUACACCAGGCUGGCCUCAAACUGGCAGUAAUCCUCUUGCUUCACCCUAUGUGCUGGGAUUUCAGGCACAUGCCACCACACCCAACUCUGUUUUCUUAUCUAUAAAGUUGAAAGGAAAAGUUUUGUAAGUAUUCUGUCUGAUCUUCUGCAUAUCUAAAAAGGACAUCUGUAUGUAUAUGUCCACUUUUACCAAGUAAAUGAAUCUUUGCACAAUCCUUUUAAACUGGCAUAAAGGGGCCAGGGGUUUAGCUCAGUGGUGUAAGUACCUGCCUGACAAGCCUGAGAUGGACAUUCAAUCCCUGGUACCAAAAAAAAAAAAAAAAAAAAAUAGUUUUCACAUGUGGAUAAAAUUGCCACCAUAAUAUGACAGUAUAAAAUAUAUCAAAUGUAUAAUGUAGGCACAGAAGUUAAAAUAUUGUAGUUCCUUAUUAUCAGUAAGAACUAUUCAGGCAUUGUAUUAAACAUUUGAUAACUAACAUUUCUUUUUAUUCAGACAAUGUCAGUAAUGGAUAUGUUGUCUGAUUCCAAAACAUUUAAUCAAAUGGGUUACUAUUCACAUUUUUUCAUCUUAAUUGGGAUUUUUAGACUGAUACCAGAAUUGACAGAAUAUAGUUAUAAAUAAAAACUCUUGACCAGGCAUAGUGGUAUACAUCUGUAAGCCCAGCACUUAGGAGGCUGAGGCAGAAGAAUUGCUGCCAGUUUGAGGUCAGCCAGGGCUACAUAGUGGGGUCAAGGCCAGCCUGAACUACAUAGUGAGACCCUGUCUCCAAAAUAAGUAAGUGAAUAAAAUUCUUGUCUUAAUGUUUUGCAUCAGUUUGCUUACUUUUAAAUCUUAUUAUAAACCCAUUUCUAGUUCUGACUUAUCUGAAAACUUUUAUAAUUUAUAGGCUUUAUAGAAUUUUACUUCAAUAAGAAUUUCAUGUCAACUGUAAUUUAGAGUUACCCUAAGCUGGUUUUGAUGCUGUCACUAAAUAUAUAUGUGAGGGAAAAACAAAUAUGUGAAAAUCAUGCAUUUUACCAUUUUACUGCUUUAAAGUAACAGUUACAACUGUCUUUUCUUUUCCUAGUAGAAAAUAUAUUCAUUUGUCCCCUA